GACUUCUCACCUCCGCUUCACCCGCCAUCCACAAUUGCCCUCUGCACCAAGUCCUAGGGACUCAAUUGCUCAACAUGUUGCCUUUGGCUCGAAGCCGGAUCGCGGCGUUCUCUGCCGCCUGGACUCCUCGCAUUGCCGCCCGGGCCAGCUACUCCACCACCGUCCCUCGUUUCUCCGAGAACAACAUCCCAGCCAACGACCCGAACGCCCCGCAAACACCCAAGCCCAAUGUAUCCGCCACCAAUGCCACUCCUGUUGAUGCUAUGGGUUCCCGGGAUGCGCCUUUGAGGGAGAAUGUCGAGGCUGGUGAGCGCAACCGCCAGCUUCAGGCUCCUAACCGCGCCAGGACCUGGGCCGCCAGCCAGCAGCCCAGAGAGAAGGCUAUGACUGGACCUCGCUUCGAGCAGACAAUCAUGGAGUUGCAGCCCCAACCUUAUGCCGCUAUUGAGCUCAUCCACAAGCAGCCCGUCCGCUGGACAAAGAAGAGGGUCGUCAGCUGUGACGGCGGUGGUGGUCCUCUCGGCCACCCCAGAAUCUAUAUCAACACCGACAAGCCCGAGAUUGCUACCUGCGGCUACUGUGGACUGCCUUUUGCUCACGAGCAGCACCGUGCAUACCUCGAGUCCCUCCCCGCUACCAGCUACCCUCUCGAACCCACUGGUGACGCCGCCGAGGUGAACGAGACUCAGCGUGUCACCGAGGGUGGUCUUGAACAGCGGUAGAGCAUUGUUUUUGGCGUUGAUGAUUGUUUGUUUUUCUUGCCCUCUCUUUUGCCUUCAGAGGGGCGUUGUACAGAUUGUACCGAUCAAUGAGUUAGAAUAAAAUGUUUCCAUAUCAA